ACCCCCUCCCCCCUUCCCAACGGUCUAACCCGUACCUACAUCCCCACCCCCUCCGGCCCCCUCGAACUCCUCUGCGCCCUGCCCCCCACCACCUCUUCCCUCCCACCCUUAUUCUUCGCCCACGGCGGCUUCGGCUGCGCCUCUGUCUGGAUCCCUUUCAUGCAGUACUUCAGAGCGUGCGGAUACCCGUGUUAUGCGAUUAGCUACCGGGGCCAUGGCGGGAGCUGGUACCCGGGGUUUUGGGAGUUAUAUUUUACGGGGAGGGGGAGGAUGGCGGGGGAUCUUGUUAAGGGGAUUGAGGCGGUGGAAGGGAUGGAGGGGAGAAGGAUGGGAAAGGAGAGGGAGAGGGUGGUGUUGGUUGCGCAUUCGGCAGGGGGAGCGUUGGGGCAGUGGGUUUUGGGGAGGGGGAUGGUUAGGGUGAGGGGGUUUUGUAUGCUUGCUGCUGUGCCGGGGUUCGGGUCGUGGUCGUGCUAUGCGUUUUGGGCCAAGUCAGCACUGCCAAAUUUCGUUUACCGGUGCUUCCAUUCUAGGUAUCUACUUGCAACCACCAAGCAAGUCAAGGACCCGUUCUUUACGGCGUCGACGCCUUGGUCGGUUGUACAGGCUUUGGAGCGCCUGCUCAGUCCAUACGAGUCUAUGCUCUGGCCCAUACAAGCACUUUUUCCAAUCGUCACAGGCCCAGAUGUUAUUCAAUCCAUCGAUGGGUGGAAGCCAAAACAGCCAGGAACAUCAGUUGUGGGUAAGAAAGCUGGUGUUGUAUCGAGACUGUUCGUUCUUGCUGCCGAGUUUGACGUUCUCUGUACACCGUCUGUCCUGCUGGAUGCCGCAAAACGCUACCGUACAGCAUUCAUCGAUUGCGUGAGACUAAAAAAGCUGGACGGCAUGGCUGAGGAUUCUAUCGACGCUGCAAGUGACGAGAAUGCAGAUUGCAACGGUGUAAAGUUUGAAAUCGUGAAAGGAGUGGCGCACCAUUUGCAAAACCACGUCGAGUGGGAAAAGGGUGCUGAAGCAUUGCUUGACUGGGUCAAAGAGCUCGAUUGA